AUGAUUGAUGUCAGUGGAUCAUCAAAGCAGUACAUAAAUGGCUCCAAACAGUUAACAAAAUCUGAAUAUGCAAUUUACCCAUGGGACAAAGUUUACGAUUGGUGUUCUAAUUGCGGUAAUUCUAAUGAUGAUCAUCCAUGGAUCUCAUUUUCUGUAAAAGCCAAGAAAAUCAAAUUCAAUGGAUAUUUUAUCCGUUGUGGUUGCUGCUACUAUGAUCUAUGCUGCUGCGAGGAUGAACAGCGCAGAUGCUUUGAGUGCUGCUUAUAUUCAUGGUCCCUUCAAAUUUCAGAUGAUAAUAAAACAUGGAAAGAAGUUCACAAAAUGAAAGAUGAAGGUAUGAGAAGAUGCAACGAGAAAACCUACAAACUCGAUCAAACGUACGAAGCCAGAUACGUCCGACUUAUUCAGAAUGAAAAUUGCCCAGGAGAACCUCCUUGCAUAGCAAUUAACAAAUUCGAAUUAUACGGAUCACUUGUAGGUGAUGAUGGCAGGUAUGAUGAUGAUAAUUUCGUCUCAUUCCAUGAUGAUGACGAUGAUGUCAGUAUAAUUGGACACAUAUCUAAGAAUGGAAACGUUAAAUUAGAAUAA